AUGAGAGGAAACGCCAUUCUCACAUUCUCCUUCAUCGGAAGCUCGCUCGUGUGCCUUUAUUCGCCAUUGUCUCCCACUUCGGCCAUUGUGCAUAAGCCUCACAUGCGAUUCAGACAGAGAAAUCAUUCAUUACGUGCUACCAAGCGGCUUCUAUUCGAUGACUUGGGAGAAAAGAGGUUGGUCUCCCCAUAUGCCAAAAAAUACCUACCCAUGGCUACCCAAAGCUCCCCCAUUCUACCGGCGGAGUAUAGCAAGUCGCAUUAUGUGAGGAGCAGAGGACGAAGGCAUCAUCUUGUGCUGCAAGCUGUCACGGUCGUUACUGGUCAUCAUUGUCGUCAGAAAGUCAUGUCAAACGGCGCAAAGUGA